AUGUCUUCAACAUCCUCGCUACAUUCAAUCUUGUCCGACGAUGAGCUCCCGGCAUACGAAGAAAUCGCACUGCCUCCCAAUGUCACUAUCGAAGAGCGAGAGAUCUCUUCCGACGACGAAGAUGACGACUACUACGAAUGCAAUUACGAACAACCAGAGCACAAGACCACCAUCAAGCAAAGCACAAAAACAUUUGCUGUCAGCCUAAAGUCAAUACUCUCGAGCUCGGUCACGGUUGCUCCUUCGGCCGAGUUUCAGAAAUCCACCGUCACAUUUGACCAAACUGCCACACCGACUCGUCCCAAGUCAGACCGCAAGCCAUCGUUUAAACUCGCUCCUAUUCAAACAUCAACUUUGCAAUCGCGCAGAAUGGCUAUGCGCUCAACGUUGCAACUGGACAACACCGUCUAA